ACCCUCACGCAGUGCAGAUGGGCAGAGCGCCGUGCCGUGCGAGGACUGCGAGCAAGCAAGCAUGGCAAGUAGGCUCAAAGCAGGCUAAGCAGGCUAGCAGCAGUAGUACCACAUCGGGCGCCGCGAGAUUGCUCACUCUGCUUAGCCUGCCUAGCCGCCAGCCGCCCAGCCGCCUGCCGCCUGCGUAGUGAGAUUGGGACCAGAGUGGGGUUGGUUGGUUCAGGGCAGCGGCAACGUCGACACGCAGGCUGCGAGCGAGGGAAAGGGACACGGACGGCAGCCGGGCAGCCGGGCAAAGGAGAGAGAGAGCAAGAGACAGAGGAGCUCGACGGGGACGGCGACAAAGAGCGAGGCGGCCAGGACGGGGAGAGCGCCUUCUUUUUGUGACUCUCAUCUCGACCCCACACAAAUCUGACGUUUCUCGCCUUUCUCGUCAUUACUAUCAUCCCAAUCGCAACUCUCCCCGCCCUUCUCGAUCGCACAUGGUCAUGGAGACGAGGCCACCAAUGUCCAAUGGCGCCUUGACUGAGCUGCGCAAGACGUGCGACGAGUGCCAGUCGAUCAAGGUGCGAUGUGACCCUAUGCCAGAGGGAUCUACGUCGUCGACCUCUUCAUCCCUCGACGGGCCCAAUGCACCGCCUACCUGCAGACGAUGCCACCGUCUGGGAUUGCAUUGCGUCUAUUCGCCCAAAAUCAAGGUCAUCAAGAGGAAGAGGAGGAAGGCAAGCAUGGGUGAGCGAUCUCUGCCAUCGCCACCUCAGCCUGCCAAUGCCAACAGCGCGAACGCCAACGUCAACGUCAACAAUUCGUCAUCAUCGUCAUCAUCAAUGGCCUUCCUCACUCAUCACCAGCCAUUCGCAGGCGCCGCACCAACCAUGGCUGUGCCCUCUCACGGCAGCCCACCAGCACCACAAGCGCUACUCGGCGACAGCAGCCUCGCUCCUCCUCCCCCUCCCCAAUACCCUCAGAGGCAGCAGCAGCAGCAGCAGCAGCACCACGGUCAACAGCAGCAGCGUGCGGCAAACGGCGUCAACAACGAAGAGUGGACAGACUUCUUCCGCUGGCCAGAUCCACCUGCCACACCAGACUUUGGUGCUGCACCUUGGGAAGAUUGGUUCCGUAGCUUGGGCCCUACCUCGACGACAAAUACGCCAGGCAUGGACCAGAACCACAGCGCGUCGCACAACGGGGCAGGACUCAGCAGCUUCAAUGUCGGUGCUGGCAUCAACCUCGGCGGCCUCGGAGGCGACCCUACUGCUUUUAUGGGAUGCCACCCAGCGCUCCACGCGACACCUCGUACGCUAGAAGCUACAACGGGCAUGUCGAACCAGACGACAAUGCAAAGCAGCCCACCGCCUCCUGCUGAGUCGACGAUGCCCAAACUCACCCGCAUAAACUCCACCAUGUCCUUCGACGGCAGGGACGAUGGACGACAAUCGCACCAGUCGCGUGGAGGUCCCACGCCCCAAGCCCCUUCCCCUUCAAUGAGGGCAAACUUGGCGGCAUCCCCCAUCAACGCAUCAUCGACCGCGCCCGCAAAACCCACGUCGAAAGCUGCAGCUGCAGCUCCUCACUCGUGCGGAUCAACAUCAGCAGCCUCCCUCGCCGAUUUCCGUCCCAGCAACCUCGAGAUCCGCCUAUCAGCCAUCUCUGCUGGCCUGUCUACCGCGCUUGAUGACUGCGACAUCGACCGCAUCUUGGGCAGUGGUCUCACCAGGCGGCAAGCUCGUCGACGUAGGGUCGAGGCAGAGCGCAAGCUGCUCAUGCUCCUCGUCGAGGCAGAUGACGUGUGGCGCGAGAUCAACAGGCUCGGGGCUGCGCGCAUGAAGGAGGUUGAAGCACUCAUCGCUUCGGACCCUCGACCAGAAGCAUCGUCGUCGUCCACCGAAGGAGAGGCGAAUGGUGCCAGCAGCAGCAGCAGCAGCGCCAGCAAUGCCGAUCGUCCUGUGGCAUUGGGCUGCGGCCACAAUCAUGAGCGAGUCGGAGGCGGCACGAUUCCGACAGCGACAGUCACGAUCAAGGAGCGCAUGUACGCCCUCGGCAAGGGGUCUCUUGUUGAGCCCAUCCGCGUCACCACGUCCAUGCUAGCCCUCUCGCUCUCCUACCAAGUCUGCGACGCCCUCCGCCUAAUCUCACGAUUGCUGGACCAGGCGGGCGAGUACCAGGGGAACUACCAUGAUGAGGCAGACGGGUCGGGAGAUGCGGAUGCGGACGACGGGGAAGAGGAGGGAGCUGAGAAUGAUGAGGCUGGAACAGAAGACAACCGUUCUCCGGGUGAUGCGGCGAGCGUAGCUACGGCCGAGGACCCGGCAGUCGAAGCUGCUCGUCGCCUAGCCAACAUCAUCUCUCCCGUUUUGAUAGCAGGCCGCGCCCUCCCACCCUCACUGCAUCGGCCUCUCGUCGCCAGCUUGUGGACGCAUCAUGGCGAGUCGCUGCUGGCAAGCCUAGUGUCGACCAUCUCCCAUAGUCAGGACUGGCAUCACUUGGGCGAGGGUCAAGGCAAAGGGCCGCACAGCUUCUGCGCUAUGCAGACUCAGGGCGCCAGGGUGGUGAGCAGCCUCGAGGCCUUGAUUCAGACGAGGAGGGGCGAGGAUUGCUGCGCUGCUUUAAAGAGGAAGAGGGCCGAGGAGUAGAGAGAUGAGGAAUGGAGAAGGCAGAAGGAGCGGGCGAGCGAGGAAGGGCUGGGCGUAGAGGUGGGUCUCCAAUGCUACGAUCUUUUACAGCCCCGCGCACUCGCACGCGUACGCAUACACGCACACUCACAACACCCGCAACAUGCAAUUGACACCGAAUAUCGCACCAUUCUCGUCGGCAAUCGCGUCCUCGUACUUAUCUUGAGCAGCUGCGAGAUCGUCGCCCGUCACCUUGGAGCCCAAAAGUCAAUAGCGUCGCCCCCAGCGCUGCCCAUGCUUCUGGUCAUGCUGGAGCGCAGAAAAAAAAGCUUAGAAAUGUGCAGCCGUCAUUUCCAC